AGCAAUCUACGUCAAUUUCUUGCGCUUGUCAAGUAUGGUGAGGUCGAAAAAGUCACCCGGCUACUUGAAAAAGGUAUUGACCCAAAUAUUCAAUGCCGCGAAACUGGCGAAACUCCCCUGACCUUGGCUGUACAACUACCGAAGCCAAAAGAAUUAAUUAUGGCGCUAGUUGCCGGUGGUGCUCACCUGGAUUAUAGAGCGUCCGAUAAUCGCACACCCAUCCAUCGUGCAGCGAUGUGCGGAAAUUUUAUUGCUAUUAAGGUACUCCUCGACCUAGGCCAGUCUCCGAACACUCGUGAUUCUGCUGGCCUGACUCCUCUCUAUCACACCAUGCUAAAUGACACAUCGGCAAUGUGCGUUGAACGUCUUCUUUAUGAUCACUCUAUCCUCGGUGUAACUGACGAGGCAGGACUCGAGGAGAUACACCAGGUAAACAUAGGUUUCGCUGUCAUGCAAGAACUGAUAUAG